UCACGUCAGUCGAUUGUCAACAUUCAGAACGAUCAGACUCAUUAGGUUAAUUUUUAAAAGAAACUAUUUUUGUUUAUUAAAAAGUACAACAAAUUUUAAAUUAUAAUAAUAAAAUGUCAACCUUAAAACAAGUUCCUCUAACAUGCGGUGGCCAUACUAGACCUGUAGUGCACUUGGAUUUUAGUGACGUUACAAAGGAUGGAUAUUUUUUGAUUUCGGCCUGCAAAGAUGGCAAACCCAUGUUGCGGCAAGGUGAGACUGGAGACUGGAUUGGAACUUUUGAAGGUCACAAAGGUGCUGUAUGGGGUGUAGCUUUAACACAAAACGCCAACUUAGCGGCCAGUGGAGCAGCAGAUUUCACAGCGAAACUGUGGGACGCGAGGUUCGGCGAAGUGGUGCACACGUUCGAGCACGAGCACAUCGUGAAGAGCGUCAACUUCAACUUUGACGACACCCUGCUGCUGACGGCCAGCAACGAGAAGAUCAUACGGGUCUUCGAUCUGAACAAGCCGGACGCGGGCCCUGUGGACAAAAUAGCCGCGCACACGAACAGCAUACGGCACGCCGUGUUCCUAAACAAAUCGCGCAUCGUCAGUGUCAGCGACGACCUCACCAUGCGCGUGUGGGACCGCUCCAGCGGACAGGAAGUACGAAAGGUAGAAUUCACUUCGAUCCCAAAUAGUUUAGAACUGUCCAGAGAUGGAGCUGUAUUGACUGUAGCCCACGGCACAACCGUGUCGUUCUACGCGUCGGACACGAUGCGCAAGAUGCGCGAGUUCUCCGUGCCCACCAAGUGCUACUCCGCGUCGCUGGCGCCCAGCCGCGCCACCUUCGUCUGCGGCGGCGAGGACCUCAAAGUGUACAAGUUUGACUACAACACUGGCACCGAACUCGGUAAGAUAUAUGUUUGUGUCCAGGCACAGGCACAACCGUGUCGUUCUACGCGUCGGACACGAUGCGCAAGAUGCGCGAGUUCUCCGUGCCCACCAAGUGCUACUCCGCGUCGCUGGCGCCCAGCCGCGCCACCUUCGUCUGCGGCGGCGAGGACCUCAAAGUGUACAAGUUUGACUACAACACUGGCACCGAACUCGAGUCAAACAAGGGUCACUUCGGGCCCGUGCACUGCGUGCGGUGGUCGCCGGACGGCGAGCUGUACGCCACGGGGUCGGAGGACGGCACGGUGCGGCUGUGGCAGGCGGUGCCGGGCCGCGUGUACGGGCUGUGGCGCCGCAGCAGCGACCACCAGCCCAUCGCCAACGGGUUCAAGGAGGUGGCCGCCAACUGACCCGCCCCAGACCUAUCCAGUGAUGAGGAGGAUAAUGUGCAAUCAAAAUCGAUCGCUUGGUGUUGAUACCGCGCGCCGUCGCGAAGAUAGCAGCCACCAAGUCGUUUGAUGUACAUACAACACGCCGAAGUGCGGGACGAACUAAAUAUCGAGACUUUUUACAUUAUGUCCAGUGUUUGUGUUGUUUAUUUUUUACCGCGAGACCUUUUUUAUACUCAAAACGUUGAAAUGUAAUGUAUUUAUUGUAUAAAAGAAACUGAAUAGACUUGAUAAUUUUAUGGAACAAAAUAAAUUUGUAAAUACUU